AUGUCGAUGCCUACAACCGAAUCGGCAGAGUCGCUCUCGGCUGCCUAUGCCUCCAACAACUACGACUAUACCCACGCCAGCCCGCAACAAUACCACCACCAUCGUCCUCAGGUGCAGCUUCAACACCACAGCUCCACCUCUUCCUCCUCUACAAACAACGCCCCUGCAUCUUCCAGCUCGCAUGCUCCUCUGUCGCGCGGAGGUGGUAGCGUAGGCUCGUCUGGCUCGCAGUCCUACUACUCGUCCAACACCCCUCAUCCAGCGCAGCAAGCCCAGCCCUUUCCACCACAGUAUUCGCAGUACCAGCAGCACCAGCAUCACCUCUCACCGCCCACAAGCGCGUAUAGACCUUCUCGUCAUACGAGCAGCAAUUACCCCGAGUAUGCUCAUUCCGCCGCUUUGAAUCCUGCCAACGCUGCUGCUGCUGCUGGCGCACAACCAGCUCCCGCCAUCUCGUCAAACAUGUAUGCACAGUCCAACAUAUCCAUGCCUGCGUUGGGGCCUGCCAUCCCAGAUCCUAACGCGCGGGCGCCUCCUUUCGCCGACGACUUUGGCGACUCGUUCGCCAACAUGAACCUCUACGGCACGCCCAAGCUCGGUCCACAACGCUCCAAAAGUCCAGCGUACACCUCGAAAAACACCGCCGAUGUGCCAUCAACAAAGGGCAUCGCAAGCGCCGCUUCCGUUCGCGCCAACGCUAUGUAUGCUACUCAGGAGAUCCACCAGUCUGCCUCAGAGGUGCAACCCGAGAACUCGCUGGCUGCUAUUGCGGAUCAAGUCGACCAAGCUGCUGCCGAUCUCGAUCCCAACGUGGCUGCGCCUGCGCCGUCGUACAACGAGCACUCGAGUAGUCAGCAUGGCAUGAGCAGCGCCGCAUAUCCCUCGUCACAGCAGCAGGAUUGGAAUCCUCAGCUCGGUGCUCCCUUUGCCGGUCAAUACGGGUCGGGGAUGCGACAGCAAUCUGCUCCCGGCGAGUACCCGACGUCUGGUGGCCAGUACGCUGCGGGAUCCACCGACGGCCAUGCUUCUGGUGGACCCGAAGGCAGUCAGAUGGCGUGGGAUCCGAACGCUGCUGCUGCGGCGGCUGCGGCUGCCGGCUACUACGCCAACAACGACGGCGGAUCCUACUCCGGCUUUCAGCCCCAGGCGCUCCACCAUGCAUCUGCCAGCUACCCCUUUGCCGGUCAAGGUGCCGACCCAUACCCUCCACCCGGUGGUGGUCCCGGCUACGAAGCCAAUCCUUAUUUCGCCGCAGCCACCGGCUACCUCGGCUUCCCCGAAGGCGCCGCCCCCGGUUUCCCACCCGGCUCCGACGCAUACGGCAACCGCACCGGUGCACCCAACAUGAUGGCCCUCGUACCUCCCGGCGGCGGCGGCGUGCGACCCACCAUGCUCUCCCGCCAAGGCACGCAGCUCUCCAUGAUGUCCUCCACGCCCAACCCUCUCGCCGGCCUCGCAACCACCAACCCGCGGCGCAAAUCCAAAGACGCCACACCCCAGCAAACCCUCCCCUUCAACAAAUCCUUCGUCACCGAAUACCGUCAACGCAUGAAAGGCGAUCCUGACCCAGAGGCGCAAUUCGCCUUUGCGAAAUACCUCAUCGAAGCGGCCAAGAAAGUGCAUGAUCCAUCCGACGGGCCGAAACAGCAGCGCAAGUAUCGGGAUACUUUGCUCUCGGAGUCGCUGAAGCUGAUCAAGAGGUUGGCGACGACGGGGAUGGGGUUGGGCAAGCCACCGUUUGCGGAAGCGCAAUUUUUCCUCGCCAACUGUUUCGGUAAUGGCAGUCUCGGGUUGGCGGUGGAUCAUGAGAAGGCGUACAACCUGUACGUGCAGGCGUCGAAGCAAAACCAUCCGGCGGCGACGUAUCGUACGGCGGUGUGCAACGAGGUGGGUGCCGGGACGAGGAGGGAUCAUCACCGGGCGGUGUUGUUCUACCGCAAAGCCUCUGCCCUGGGGGAUACGGCGGGGAUGUAUAAAUUGGGCAUGGUGUUGUUAUCGGGCUUGUUGGGGCAACCGAGGAAUGUGAGGGAGGCGAUUGUUUGGUUGAAGCGCGCAGCGGCGCAGGCGGACGAAGACAAUCCGCAUGCGUUGCACGAACUCGGUUUGCUUCACGAGAAGAGCUCCAACGGCGUGGUGUUGCACGACGAGGCGUAUGCAAGGGAGCUCUUUACGCAAGCGGCACAGUUGGGCUACCCUCCAGCGCAGUUUAAACUGGGAAGUGCGUACGAGUAUGGGAAUCUCACCUGUCCGGUGGAUCCGCGGAGGAGCAUUGCGUGGUAUACCAAAGCGGCCCAGCGCGGGGAUGGCGAGUCCGAACUCGCGCUAUCCGGUUGGUACCUCACCGGAUCCGAAGGCGUGUUGAAGCAAAGCGAUAGCGAAGCGUACCUCUGGGCGAGACGCGCCGCGUCCAAGGGCAUUCCCAAAGCAGAGUAUGCCGUGGGCUACUACAGCGAGGUGGGCAUCGGCGUGGGGGCCAAUUUGGACGAGGCCAAGCGGUGGUACAUGCGCGCAGCGGCGCAGGGCAACAAGAGGGCGAUGCAGAGGUUGACAGAGCUGAAAAAGAAGGGCGCAGUGGGGAAGAAGGGCGCGAGGCCGACGAGGAAGGAUGCCGAGAGCGAAUGCGUCGUCAUGUAG